UUGGUUUUCCUGCACGGAAGGUAAAAAGUGAUGCACUGGGCUGCUGGCGUGGUUUGAAAAGCUCAAGUGAAAGUGCUCUCAAGUGAUUAUACAUGAGGGUGUUUUUAUUUAUUAAUACUGAAUCUUAGAUAGAGCCAGUUAUAGUGAACUUAAGAGUGAACUUGUGAAAAGUCUGGACGGUUUUACAGUAAUCAAUCAAUCAAUGAGAGAGUCGUGGUGAAGUGUAUGUGCAUGUGUGACAGAGUUUGUUAAUUCACGAUGGUGUUUUUCACUUGUAACGCGUGUGGAGAGUCUUUGAAGAAAGCUCAGAUCGAAAAACACACCUCUAUGUGCCGGGGAUGCCAAGUUGUGUCCUGUAUUGACUGUGGAAAAGACUUCUGGGGAGAAGACUACAAGAGCCAUGUGAAGUGUAUCGAUGAGGAUCAGAAAUAUGGAGGGAAGAACUACGAGGCCAAAGCAAAGAAAGGAGACGUGAAACAACAACAGUGGACUCAGAGAGUCCAUGCGGCACUAGAAAAACCGGGUGCGAGUGCACGCCUGAGGUCAGUGCUACAGCAAAUUUCCACCUAUGACAACGUCCCACGCAAGAAAGCCAAGUUCCAGAACUGGAUGACGAACAGUCUGAAGAUUUAUGACCCCAGUCUGCAGGAUCAAGUUUGGGAGAUCAUCUCGUCUUCUGACAAUCCACAGGCUAACAAAGCCGAACAGCCCGAACAAACGUCGCCGCCAGCACCAGCUGCGCAGGAAGAACAAGCGAAGCCCGAGGAGAAGAAAAAGAACAAGAGGGAGAGAAAAGAGGAGCGACAGAAGAAGAGUAAAAAGAAGCGAACGGAGGCCGAGCAGAAUGGAGAGAAUGGUGUCGAGGAGCCACAGAAGAAGAGGAAGUGGGUAGCGGAGGAGGGAGAGUGUGUGAAUGGAAAGGCAUCAAAGAAAAAGAAGAAAAGGAAAGAGGAGGAGUGUGAAGAGACCCAAAAUACGGAAGAAGCAGAGAAUGAACAGGAAACGCAAGACGAGUCCAACACUACAGGGAAGUUUAACUGGAAGGGAACAAUCAAGGCAGUUCUCCGUCAGGCUCCAGAAGAAGGCAUCGCACUCAAGAAGCUCCGCAAAAAGGUUUUAUCAGCGUAUUACUCCUUCAGCACAGAAGACAAUCAUAAAUCAGAGGAAGAGCUGUAUUCUCUGUUCAACAAGAAGCUGAAAAACCCCAAGUUUAAGAUCCUGAAAGAAAAAGUCAGACUUGUUAAAUAAUGCUCCUUUUCUUUGGACAUGAAGCCACACGUUCACCAGAAGAGGCGUCUCAUCGAUCAGACAUCCUGUUUUAUGUUCGAGCUGUAUCUGUUUUUCUUACAAUAAAUGUUCUUCAUGAACA